AUGGCGUCCACUCAGCUGAGUCAAAUGGUAAGCUUAUGUUAACUAUUUUCUCCAAGUAAGAGCAGCAUUCUGUUCUUAAAAUGUCUUUAGUAGAUAACCCAAUGUAACCUCCUAUACAAAAAUUUAUAAAACUUGGGCGGUUUUUGGUGGUUUUUCUUCACAUUUCUGUUCUUCUUCCAUUAAACGUGCAAGUAAGUACUGAGCGGAGCUGGACAGCUGUUUUGCACUGUCUGUUGUUUUUGUUUUAGGAAAAGAAGAGGUUGCAGGGAUUCUUAAACGAAAUGCUUAGAUGUGGUUGUUUAAAGGUACGUAAUAAGGACCCGCUGAGGUUCCAACCAAGAAGUCCAAACUUCCAACGAUUCCAUAUUUCAAAGUGCUUUGCUAAUUAAUUACCCUGCGAGCAGAGGCCCUUCUAUCUUCCCGAGUUAUCUAGGAAGAUCGAAGGGCCUCUGCUCGCAGGGUACUUGCAAAUUAGCCAAGCAUCUCCCUCGAAUGGGGGUAGAACCCUGCGAGCAGUGCUUAUGGGGUAGUUGAGGAGCUGAAAUGUUUGGAAUUUUUUACUGGUGUACAAGCGCAAUAUUAAGUAUUUUUCCUUCAUACAUGUACAUAGUUAAGUUGAAAAUUUCGGUGACAGAAAAAGCAACAAGCAAAUGCAGUUUUUUUCCAUGUAUGCUUGGACGUGUACAAAACAUGGACCCCCAGUCCCUGGACUACCCCUGUGGACCUAGUCCGUGGACCCCUUCGUGGACCCAGUCCAUGGACUACCCCUGUGGACCCCCCUAUUUAUUGAAGAUGAAUUUUACCAGUUGGGCUGAAUAUGAUAUGAAUAAUAAUGUCUGUCAAGGAGGGUAAUAUCCCCCAAAAGCAAACUUUGCUCUCAGUUUAUAUUAUCAGGCUUAUGAGCUUCUCAUAUUAUACACCUGUUCAGUUUUUUCUUGCAUUCCAUACAUGGAUUCGAUGUAGUCUGGUAAAGGACGAACAAUAUUUGUGUUUUGGGGGAAGUAGCCUCCUGUGCAAACGUUUAUUUCAUCGGGUUGCAUAUCCUCCCCAGAAUUUCCUUCCGUUGAUGGCCCAUGGAAAUGUUUCUUCAUCCGCAGACUUAAGUCACUCCUGCUUACGGAUCAAGCACAAAAUGGCCUGCAUAUAACUGUUAUGUCCACAAAGCUUGCCGAAUGUCUAUCCAACCACAUAGUUUGAAAAUAUGCAGGUCAUUUUGUGUUUGUUCCGUAAGGAGGAUUCGGUAAGUUUGCUGACAGGCUAUCAAGGGAAGGGAAGUCUGGGGAGGGUGCUCAAUAAUCAUGCGUUACUUCUUACUCCCUAGUCUCCUACAUUCGCAGCCGUUUUUGUGUUGUCACGCAAGAUGUCGACACACCCACAAAAAAAGCUGCACAGGAGACUACUUCUUCCCUACCUCUCUCCCUAGCUGCACCAUUCAAAUAUCGUUACUCCUUCACCAGACUAACCCAAACCCUUUACAUUGGUAUGGAAUUCAGGAAAAGUUUGAACAAGACUAAGUGUAAUAUGAGUUGCCCAUAAUCCUGAUAAUAAUAAUAAUUUAUUGAUGCACACUCUUCCAUUUAAGGUUCCAUUUUUGGUUCCACAGGGGUAGUCCAUGCACCGGGUCCAUGAACAGGUCCAUGGAGUGGUCCAUGGACCGGGGGUCCAUGUUUUGUUUACGUCCUGUAUGUAUGAUGAUGAUUAUUCAUGUUACUCAUUUACAGGGUUUCAAAUACUUUGCUCUUUACCUGCGUGGAAGAGAAGAGCUUAUCUGCCGUGUGCUAAAUGAACCUAUGGUUAGUGCUUUGACAAAACAAAUCUUUCAUAAUUACAUUAAACAUAAGUGAUGUUUUUUUAAAUAAAUAAGUAAAUAAUAAGAAAAAAAUUAAAAUGUAAAAAAUUUAAUGAAAUCAAGGCUGUGAUUAAGAGGUCAAAAUGCUCUGAACCUACAAAAUGAAGGUGCCCAGCUUCUAUGGUUCGGAAAAUUCCAAGUAUGCCCAUCCCCCUCCAUCCUCCACUAGAGUUUAUACAUGCACAAUGUAGCUGCCAGGUCCCAUCAGGCAUGGUCAGAACGCAGCCGUGAUUACAAUAGUAAUAAUACAAUAUCUGUUUUAUGGUCACUUUGUUCCAUGGUCAGACCAUUCCAUUUCAUAGAUCGUUCUACAGUUUUAGUGUAAAACUCAAUGUGAAGUGCACUUUUUUCUGCUUAUGGCUUAAAGAACGAGGUGUACACAUGCGUAGUGCCCUUUUUUUUAUAGACUUAUGAAAAGUUCAAUGUUAUUUGAUAUGACUAUUAACCCUUUAAAUUAAGCCCUAAGGGUGAUGAGUGUCCAAUUUCUCCUUGUAAUAUCAAUCCUUUGUAAAGGAGAGUGGUCAUGAGAAUUACAGACAUGAUCACACAGCAUGAAUUUGCUUGAUAUUUUAAAAACUUCUCCCCACUGUUUAUGUAGGAAAUGAAUAGGGGCUACAAAUGAGAAUUCAAAUUUUGAUCUUUGGGUGUAAGGGGUUAAGUGGAACAAUCUGACUAGGAACAAUCUGACGAUGCCAGAACAAAGUGACUGGAUACCCAAUAUCUUCCAUUUCUCAUCAUCAGUUUGCCCUUAAACCCUUUUAUUCCCAGCAACAUUUUCUGAAGGGUCUAAAAUCUAUGAUUUUUGCAAGUCCCCAGAAAUCUGGUUGUAUUAUGAUGCACCAACAUCAGAAAAGACAAGAUUAAAAGGAAGAUCUAGCUUUACUUUUGACAGUGGAGCAAAUUUACCCAGAAAUGAGUAAGUGUUAGAUGUCAUUGUUGUCAAUCAAGGCAUUGCAUUUAGACCUUUAGACAUGGUUCACACAAGUCUUGAAAAGUCCUUGAAAAUUAAAAAAUUGUGGAAUAUCCCUUGAAAAGUCCUUAAAUUUUCCACAGAAGUGCUUGAAUAUUUUUGUAAGCGCCUUGAAUAAAAAUAACUUUCAUUAAAAAAAAAAAUGUUUUGCGUAAAUGAAUGAUUGAAAGCGCAGCAAUACACAAAACUUUUCUUGGCCAUCAUGAAAGUGUUUUCUUUAUGUGAUUUCGGUGUUUCCAGCGUAUUUCAUUUUCCAUCACUUGAAUUACCCUAGGAACCGUGCCGUAAUGAAGGCAGGUAUUGCAAUAAGAGAACCGCCUUCCACCUACACAAUUUUAAAGGUCUUUACUUCAUGUUAUUGGGGAAAAGAAGUCCUUGAAAAGAUGAUUUUAGUCCUUGAAAAGUCCUUGAUUUUUUUCCCAAAAAAUUCUGUAUGAACCGUGUUUAGCUUUGAGGAUGAGGAUGACUAUGAAGUUAGAUUUUACUUUAAGUUUUUUUGCAAAUAUUUUUUUUAAACAAGACACCCUGGAAAGCUUCGUUUUACUUUUCCUCACCAGGCUAACAUGGUUGUUUUUAUUGAAGGAGGUUAUGGCAUUUUCCCACCAAAAUUAUUUUUGUUCAUGUGUGCACACUACUUUUUAAACUCUUUUUUCCUUGUAUUUGUCCUCUAUUUCUUAGUUGUGUUUUGACCCUGACUUCAUCUCUCUCUCCACCCCUUCCUUUUUUGGUUGUUUGGUCAUCAACACAUUGAACUGUCAAUGGUUUUACCCACUUUCCAACAACUGCAUUGUUUAUUUGGUUUCAUUUAAUUUGCCCAAUAGUCAAGAAUUAGUGACAGCUGGUCAAUGUUUGCAGAUUUACCAGUGCAUUGUAAAAAGAGAGGGCGUGAUAGAGGGCCAUUUUUUUGCAUCAGUAUAAUAUUAUUAUUGAACAAAUUAAAAUUCAAGUGAGCCUAAAAAAUUUUAUAUCGAAAUAAUUUUACCAUCUUAUUCUGACUCUGUAUUGAAAAGGUAUGACAUCAGAAUUUUUUAAUAUCUGAAUAAAUCAGUAAAUACAUGGACAUUUGUUCUAACCUGUACACAUGUAUACUUAAACAUGUAAUUACUUGAUGGUGAUUGUGUUACAUGUUGUGUUGAACAAUGCAAUGACGAUGUUGAUGUAGUCAUUAAAAAUUAUCAUCUCUCAGAUGCCAGGUAAAUAAGCAGUCCACAGUUAAAUGUUUCAGGUUUUGAGUGCUCAGUAACUUUAAAUCCCAUCCAAUGAACCAAUGACAUACAUGUCAUAUUAUAUCAAGCAUUACGUCCAAAAUUUUCUGAUAUAGUUGUAAUCUUUCUUUGAAAAGUCUGUAUUAGGCCCAGUUCAAAUGUUGAAUUUCACAUGUGCCAAACUUAAUUCCUGUUUUAGUCGACUUAACUAGUUAAAUAUGGUGUUUGAUUCAAGUGUCGAAUUUAACUCUCUCAACUCUAUCGAAUUUAACUCUGUUCGCUGUCAAUAUUCCCAGUCUCUCUAAAUUAAUCAUAAUAAUUUACUGAAAUUCAUGCAUUAAGUUCAGUACAUGUGAAAUGCGACGUUUUAAUCAAAAGUCAAUUACAACCUAACUGUUUCAGUUGCAGAUAUGGUGAAAGUCACUGUAACUUAAACUGUCAAAUUUAAUAAUGAUUCAAAUGUUGCACUUCACAUGCAUUAAACUCUCGCGUUAUGUUUGGCACAUGUGAAAUUCAACGUUUGAACCGGGCCUUACAUGUAUAUUCUAACAUGUAGUCAUUACAAGUGCAGUGUAUGGAAGUCACAUUGAAACUUCACCAAACCAUUUUAAAGUAGUUGAUUGUUAUUUCUUUGGUACAGGAAGUCCUUGAUCAUGUCUACUAACACCCAAAAGAGGUAUUAAUAGUUACUUGAAUGAAAUAUAUGCACUGUACAUGGUGCAAGUAAAAUGCACUUGUUCCUUGGUUCCUGUUUUAUUAUUUUUGCAGGAUAUUGAGUGAUUUAAGUUGCACUGAAUAAAGCUCUUGUGUUUGAAAUUUUAUUUUAAUCAUAACCAUUAGUGAAAUUUAAUUUGAUUCAAGCUAAAAAUUGAAGGACUUAAAAUGAAAUUUCAAACAGUAAAUGAAAGCUGUUAACUUAAAUAGAUAUUUUUAACAAGUUAGAAUUUAAAGGAUCUUGUCAUAUUGUAGAUGAUUUUGCUUUUUGGUGCUGAUCAAAACCUUGUUUAGACAUUGUUUAUAAAAACAUACCAGACAGAUAUGCUGUAUUACAGGGCUGUCAUUAAGUUUUUAAGCAGCCGUAGCAAAUGAAGAUUCACCCGCAACAUCUCAAGAAAAUAUUAUACAUGUUUUGUCACCUUUAGCUGUUCAAUUUGACCAUCCCUAACAUCAAGUUUGCUCGGUAAUAACUGGUGUUACGGACAGCUUAAUAACAGCUCUAACUCUGUACCCUUACAUCCUUUUAUGACAUAUUGGGACAGUGAUCUGAGUGAAGAAUGAGAAAUUGACAAUAAAAAACUGAGGCACAUAUAUAAUGGUAAAAUUGAACUGAGUGCAGUUUGGUCCAAAAUCAUAUGCAUGAUUUCAAAAUCGAACGAGCGCACGCCGCGAGUUUUGAUUUGAAAUCGCAAGUAUGAUUUACCAUGUAACAAGUAGAAAUAGAGAGAUUUAGAAUAAUGUUACUGUAAACCAUAUAAUGGCAAAUGUCAGUUUGUUUGACAUGACCAAGUUUUUUCUUGUCAGUUCACUGUUCAUUAAUAUAAUUACAUUUGCACAAAACAGAUAGCAGUUUUUUGCCAGUUUUAUCAGUAAGAAUAAUAUUAAAUAAGUAGUUUGCACAGUUACCUGACCAAUUGAAUUUCCUAUUUUUAUGAAAUUGUCAACUUGAAUCUCACAUUUGCCAUUUGUCAUAAACCUGAUUCUGUAUCUCUCCAAUACUUUUCUGUCACAGUUUAAGUGGUUAUGGCUUCAUGGACAUUGGUCUUCCUCCAGCGAGUCCCAGUGACAAAGAUAUUGAUUUAAAGGUAAAGUUGAGUUCACGUAUAGAUUGAAAUAUGACCUAUUGUACAUGAAGGCAGUAUUAUAAACAAUUCAGUUUGUAAUUAGGCAUGAAGUAGUAAAGAUCAAUCUAUUAAUUACCUCAUUGCAACAUUUGCCUUGAUCCUUUUGUUCGGUUCAUUAAACAACACGAUAUUCCUCCUCAAGUUUCUUUUGUUUGAAUUCAUGAAUUUUUUGUCUCAUAGCCUUAGAAUCCAGGAUACAGUACAGUAAUAUCUAUUAAUAAUAUUGUAUGCAUAACAUGUACAAUAGGUCAUAUUGGUGGUCUGAAAAUUUCCUUACCAGGUGGUUUAAUUAUUUUAUAUAUAAAUAGUUUGUUUUCUUUGCGCCAGAUAUACACUGUAAGGGUAUAGAAUGGAUAUUAUAUAAUCUUCAAAACACAUGGGUCUCAGAAAAUUUUGGCCUGAUCUCCAAAUCUCAGUCAAAAUCUUGUUUUGGGGUAAUUUUGCAUCUCGGUGUCUCAAAUUUUUUACUAAGUCUUGGUCUCAAAUUUUAGAACCUGGGUCUCACAAUGUCUCGAAUUUACCAUUCUACACCCCCAGAUUUUGUACAGUAACGUUAAAUCAUAGAUAAGGAAAUAGUAACAUCAAAUCAUUCACUUUUCAAAUUUCCAUCUGCCAAAGAUAUAACACCGUAGUUUUAUUGUUGUUGUGUACAUUAUUUUUAAAUGUGUAAUCAUCUUUUCUCAGGAUGACAAAUCAACACUUUUUCUUAUUGCUGCGUAUGCUCGAUACAAUUGUCCUUAUGUAUGGGUGAGUGUGUCUUAAAUCAUUUUACAUCUGAUGUAUGUGGUGCAUUGUUUUCCCUAAAUCUCCUCCAUUCCUUGGCUUGUUGUGUGACUUAAUGUACAAUGUAGUAAGCAGUGUAAUUAAUUUUAGUUAGACAAAGAACCUGAGUCAGAGCCUAAGAUGGCCUUGGUUGUUUUCCAAAGCACUGCAAGUUUCUUCAGAUUACUUUCCCCUGUUUCACAAAUAAUUAGAUUAUAUGAGGAUAUAAGGUGGAAUUCAGUUUGCUUCCUGCUUAUGGCAAAAGCUGAAUUACUUGAGAAAGACUUUUCUUAAAAGAUCCCUCAAGAGCUUCCCUUUUGGCUGUGGCGUAAUUAUUAUUCACCUCAGUGUGAGUGGCUAGUGGUGACUAUAUACAAAGCCGUGAAGCAAAAAAGUGAGACAACUGAGCACAAAAAUGAUGGUUUUUAAUUCAUUUACUGCUGCCUUAUUACUAUUUUGGCGCACAAAUGACCAAAUGGCUGUCGCGUUUUCUCGCUGAAAAAUAAAACUUUUGAAGGCAUUUGUUCAGCCAUUGUUGGGAAAUGUCUUCAAAAGGAGUUAUGAAUUUCUUUUUGUAUUUGAACCUAUUCUGUAAAAAACUAUUAAAUUUAGUUUUAAUCUUAUUUAUGAACAUGUUAGCUAAAUAAAUUAAUGCAAUGACUUAAUUUGCAUUUGUGAACACAAAAGUUUUAACCAUUUUCAUUGAUGAAUUCAAGUCAAACAGACCACGCUUUACCUUUAAAGCUUCCAAACCGAUUUUCAUCACCUUCCUGGUAUAUAUCGGGAACAGCUUGUUUAAUUAUUAAAUUUGUGAUUCAAUUGCUUUGUUUGUUAUGGCGGCAAACGGGGAAACCAUUUUGCUCGUAACUUACACAAGUUUGUCUUCGCUUACUCGAAGGAGCUGGAGAUGAAUCAGUGAGUAGCACUGGAUAUCCUGAGUAGCCAAUCAGAGUGUGCAAAAAACACUAUCCACUGUUUUAGUACUAAAUCUAUUUAUAAACUAUUGCAGGUGAGGUCAAAUCAUGAGAGACUGGUGACAUUUGAAGGUGACUCCAGCAGCAAGGAGAAACAGAAAGAUAGUCCACUGAAACUGAAGUCCACAGCAGGGUGGAAACAGAGAGGUAAAAAAGAAGCUACAUGUUCAGUUUUUAAGUAAAUAAUCAGACUAAGUGAGAGUGGCUUUGUUGAAUUGUCAUAAAUACAGCAUCAUGAAAAAACAAAUCAUAAAAUCCACUUUAUGUACCUGAGGUGUCUGCUUGUAGUAAAAAGCCUGCUGUUUUCUGACUACUGUUAUUGAGUUUUGAUUUUCACUGAUUGUUCUGGUAUUUAGAACUGAGCUGUCAUUAAUGGCCAAAACUACUAACACCUGUUACAGCUGAGCUUACUUGAUGUUACGGGUGAUCAACGUGAAAAGCUACUGAAAAGGUUACGCUAUAAGUUUUUGUGAGAUGUUAAGAGUGAAUCUUCAUUUGCUAGUUGGGUACUUCAGAAUUCAAUUGACAGCUCUGUUCGAUGGGACAUUAAGACGGAAUCCACCAUGAAAUUGAGUAUUAAUUUUAAUUAUCAGUGAACAAAAACCUUGUACCAGAACUUAAACAAUAUCACAUUCUUUUUUAAAUUUUUCAAGGGCUAUAGAUGUAAUGAGUUAUCUGUAAUAACACCAAAGAAAAUCCUUAUGAGAGCCCAAGAAAGUAAAUGUCAAAUUUCACAACAUGACAUCUCACACAUGAGUUUUUCAGAAUUUACCUAUGUUUUCUUGUAAAAGUUAACAUUUGUUUUCUCAGGCUUCCAUGAGAACUAGUCUUUGGUGUUAUUAAAGAUAACUACCGGUAGUUAUAGCGGAGCUCCACCCGCGCGCAAAGCACGCGCGUGGGCGGAGCCCCAUAGCUAAGGAAAUGUGGUAAUCUAUCCAUCCCAGAAAAUUUGGUAAUCACGUGACCGUACGACCGUCUGUCCACACCACAGGGAUAUCAAUGUAAAAUAAGUCAAUCAACAGGUAUGGGAACCCAAAUGCAACUCAAGGUUUUAUUUGUAAGGAAAUCACAUGGCCGAACGCACUUUUAGAAAGAAAAAAGUCGUGUCUUUUUCGGCGUUAUUUUUUAUGUGUACACUAACGUGGAUAACAAAGAAAAAGCUAGAGCGAGUUAUUGAAAAUUUGUUGGAAGAAAAACAUGGAAAUUCAAAGCGGCGGUGAGAAAAUGAGAAAUGCUAGCGGCCAGCAAGGUGAAAAUGAGCGGCAGUGAAAAAUAAAAGCGAACAUGAACACCGGAAACAAAAUAUUGGGUAGGCACAUACGACAAUUUCUCCAUAAAAAUAGUGUGUAACUAAGAAGUUUGACGUUUUACUCGUACAAAACAGUGUUGUAGUCGUGCAAAACAACGGCAAGGGAAAGACAGAAAAGCGUGCUGCACGUGCAAAUUUGCUUUUUGCUAAUUAGAGGAAAAAGUGUGCUGCACGUGCAAUUUGUUUUUUUGCUAAUUAGAUCUAUUACUCUUGAAGCCAUUUACAUUGUCGUCCCCCGUUUAGCGUUACACGAUUUAAUUUUUUUUGUUUACACGUAUUAUUAACCAGAGCUUCCCUUUUAGCCCUGGCUAAAUCUAUAUAUUAUCUAUAGCCCUUGAAAAAUGUGAAAAAGAAUGCGAUAAUUGUUUCAAUAUUAUUCUGGUAUUAAGAUUUUUGUCCACUGAAAAUUAAUAUUACUCAAUUUCCUGGUCGAUUCCAUCUUAAAUACUUUGCAAAAAUGUUUUUUUGUUUACACUACAGUUGAUGUUUUCCUUGUUUGCAUUCAUUUUGGCUCAAUGAUUUAAAUAUUUCACUUUCAGAUACCAAACUCUGGGACAUAAUGGCUGAGGUUGUAAAACUCUGCAUGUAUCCUUCUCCACUGAACCCCUUUGCUGUUGACUUCAAGUACUUUGAAGGACUACCUCUUGCACAGAGAGUAAUCGCAACAGGUGCCAUGGCACAUUUCUUACAGAAAGUUGUCGCAUCUGGGGAUCAUGCUUACAAUGCAAGAGGUACAUUACUGUUCAACCAUUUCCAUCAUUCUGAACAUAAUGCCCUUUCACUCCCACUAGUGGCCAGUGUAGGAAAAAAAAAAAAAUUCCAGAAGUUUCUUUUUUAAAUCCUAAGAAGUUAAUGGUGCCAUGUAAAAGGUCUGGAGUUUCAUUUGAAUGAUAAAAUUGUGGGACUUUCGCCACAGAUUAAAAAGUCAGUAACAGUAGGACAGUGGAGCGCAAAUUUGGUUUUGUUGGCUAAGUUACUGAUAUAAAAGUAAUUCGGCCGUUUGAAUACCAGCCUGCUCUCUCAUUAGAGUGAAGUAAAGAAUUGUGGGCUGUAUGUGGGUCAAAGGGUGGAGCUAUGAAGAAAAAGGAAGAACAUGUAUAAACAAUGAUAAAGUUGCUAAAAGAAAAGGAAACAUAGACUGAAUAUGCAGCUCAUACACCAUUGCUAAAUCCUUUCGUGUUUAAUGACUGUCAUGGUACUUGUACACAAAAGGUUUAUUCUAUUUUUGUAACAGGUUUUUCUUUUUUUUUCCAUUUUAGUAUUUGAUGACUUAGGAGAGAUAACAAGGCGCCAUUUCAAAGACCUGCAGACUCUUGUUCGUCAGAGAAGGUCCCAGGAGGCCGAACAAGCCCCACCUAGAUAUCCAGUAGCAUACAAUGCACCACAGCAACCGAACCAUUAUAGUACUCUGCAGCACUGCAGACAGCCGACAAACUAUUACCAAACAGGCCCUGUUCAACAACACCCUCCAGCACCACCCUUAUCUGGCUAUUCUGCAGGCCACUACUAAUCCAGGAAGAUAUAAUAGCAAACUAUUAAUGUUAUCAAUUAAUUAAAGUCACGUCAGGUCUAGUGUACUCCCAUAGAUUCCAUUUCUAAAUCAAUUAUUUGAAAAAUGUAUCUGUUAGUUGUUGUCGCACCCAGUAACGAAUUCAAAUCUGCAUUCCUGCAUGCAUGAAAAGCAGCCAUUUUUGUAAGAUAACUUCUCUUUAUUCGGUCAGAUUUGAAAAUCUUUGAAUGGACAAAAAUUAAUUGCUUUGAACACAUUUACAUCAAUUUCAAGAAAACUGAGGUGGUAUAAAUUUCAUAACUACCUUGAUGUGAAUUCACUGCUCAUGACGCAUGCAGGAAUGCAGAGAUGAAUAUGAAAUCUGUACCAACGAAUUCAACUUUCUAAUAAUAAAUUCAUUAAUGGUCUCUUGGAGGGUAUGCUUGACCUGGCUUGACUGUUGUUAUUAUUAAAACACUAUUUUCAUCAAAGAUGAAAUCUGUCGUGAAAUUAAUCUUUCAGUAGGUCGUCAAUAUCAGCUAUUGGUAGGCUGCCAGCAAGCUCUUGGCGUCUAUUGUAGGGUUCAUUUAUCCCAAGUUUAAAUAACUAAUGUUUACCAUGAUUUUUUUUUUCAAACACAUUAAAUUGUUGACAUGGUAGAAUUCCUAUGUUUUUCCCCUUGUGUUGUAAAGAGAAAGCUUUAAAAAUACCCCAUUUGAUUUUCAGUCUUGUGGCGCCACUAUGAUCUAAGUUAUGGAUUUUGUGUUAACUGAAGUGUAACAUAGUUCUGGUGACACUUCUGUCCAAAGUGAUUUCCAUAGAAUUUAAGAUAGGUCUUCUUUUUUUCAUCUAAGGAAGGAUUAUAUUAUUUAACAAGUGAGCUUUCGUUUAUUGGAUCACAGGACUUAUUUAAUUUACACGGUGCUCUCAGUUAAAAGGUAAUCUUUUUUAGGCAGAUUAGUAGUAAUUUUAUUUUGGUAAUCUGCAAAUCAUUGGUGGGGAAGAAAAUAUUCUUACGUAUCAAAUUGUAAUGAGUUUGGUCCAAAGUUGUAUUAUACUGUACUUGUCAUCAAAGUGUAGUAAAUGU